CUUGGUGCUGCAACAACCCAGAAGAGGCAGACAAGGUUGGUCGACACAUUUUGCCAUUGCCCUGGAGUGUUUCUGUUUAUUUUCCGUUGUGAAUAUACAGGCUGAUUUCUGCCCUGAAGUUGACGCAUCAUGGCGUCAGGAGGCCCCAUGAUGAAUGGUGACAUCUCUCGCUCUCCUAGUCAGUUCGGCACGCUGGAGGAAACCCUGCAGCAGAUGAAUAUCCUCAUCCAGGAGAACCGAGACCUAAAAGAGGCUCUGCGUCAGACUAAUCUGACAAUGAAGGAACGAUUUGAGGGUUUGUCUGCGUGGCGGGAGAAGCAGCGAGAGGACCGGGACUUCCUGGAGAGCCGGCUGGAGGAUGCACGGAGCCGCAUGGAGGAGCUGACCCUCCGAAACCAGGAGCUCAGCAAGAGGCUAGGGGAGGAAGGUUCAACAGGGGGAGGCUUACUGGCAUCCAAUCAGAACGCAGAGCUGGAUGCCUUGCGUGCCCAGGUUUCUCGCCUGCAGGCAGAGAAGAAUGACCUGGUGGCUAUGAACUCUGAGCUGCAGCUGAAGGCCGAACAGGGCUCAAAUGACGACUCUUUCAUCGAGGUCAUCACAGUCUCGGAUGGAGGUGUAGAUGGCAUAAAUGAUGCCUGUGGUGCUGAGCGCAGCAGACGUCUGGACAUGAGCAUGACGGCGUCUCGGCUGGACAAUGAGGAGCAGACUGUCAGCCAGCUCCUCCAAUCUCUGAGGAAUGAGACGCAGCGCGCUGAGAGACUGCAGGUGGAGCUGCAGACUUCUGCUGCAAGAAUCCAAGAGCUUAUGGAGAAGAAGAGAAAUGUAGAGGACUCAACACAGACCACCCAAACAGAGGCUGCAGAGAUCAAGGAGGAUUCUGGGAAAGAGGCAGCAUCUGAGGUGGAGAAUCUAAAGUCUCAGAUGAUGACGCUCUUCAAAGAGCUGCAGCAGGCCCAAUCUAAGCUGGAUGAAGCAGAAGGCAUGAAGAAGAACCUGCAGGACAGAUGUCGGGAGUUGGAGCAGGACGUGAACACUCUGAAGGCCCAGCUGGUGGAGAAACAGGCAGUGCAGUCGGAGAACAACCGGCUGAAGCUGCAGCUGGAUAGCAUGCAGGCUGAGAAUCAGAUGGAGCAGAGGAAGGCUGGGGAGGAGAGGAGCAACCUGGCACAGCUGAAGGAUGCCUACACCAAACUGUUUGAAGACUACAACGAACUCAAGGAGGAAAAGAAGAAAAGAGAGUCUCAGCUGGUGCAGAAGGAGGUGGCUGAUCAGCUACAGGAGCGGUUGACAGCAGCAGAAGAAGCCUUAGCUAUUAAACAGAAUCGUAUUGAUGAGAUGAAGCAGGAGAUCUACCAGAAGGAGAAGGACCUGGAGACCGUUUCUGUCUUCAAGGCUCAGGCAGAGGUCUACUCCUCAGACUUCUAUGCAGAACGAGCAGCAAGGGAGAAACUCCAUGAGGAGAGGGAGCGUCUGGCUGCUCAGCUGGAGUAUGUAAAGAAGCAGAACGCCCAUCUGCAGGAGGAGAUGGAUUCACUGGGCCGGCGGUCGCUGAACGAGAUGCAGAUGAGACAUGGGGGAGGAAAUGCACACGGAGCCGGGGCGAGUCUGGUUGGAAGAGGUACUGACUGGCAGCAUCAGGGGAAUAUUCCAGAACACGCCUGCCCUAAGUGCAAUGAAAUCCUGCCAGACCUGGACACUCUUCAAAUCCACAUCAUGGACUGCAUCAACUAGACAUCCAUAACAACAAGCAUCAACAUUGAAAGCCGCUAGAUUUGCACCAUAAUCUGAGUCUUCCUCUGCUUUUACCUGUACCUCUGCUCAGUUCCCUGAAAUGACACUCCAUAGCUCCGUGAUCAUCUCAGUGAAAUUCAUUCAAGGAUGGAAACACUUCGUUUAAGCUAGAUUUUAAAAUGAAGGAUUUGAAAGGGUUGUGGGACUGCAUUGAGUCUGUUCAAAUUUAAAAAGUGCUCGUGAUAAAUUUGUGAGAGAAUAGGCAACAUAUUGGAGGAUAUAUCUUCAGGUUUGGCUUGUGUAAUUGUGCACACAUUCUUUUGUAGCUGUAUCAAAAAGCUGAAGAGGAAAUUCUUCCAAGGACAAAACAAGUCAGGGAUAUCAAACAGAAACUGCACCAAAACUUUAAUAGAUUUUCUGUUUUGUCUUCCUGCCAUACAAAUUAAAAAAUAGAUGAGUGUUUGUUUGUUUUAUCUGUUUACCAAGUAUCCUGUAGCGGAAGGCUUUCUUUUAUUUUUGAAGGGUUCUUUGUUGAAUCAUUUUUUUUUGUUGUUUUCUGGUUGAAAAGGAUAGUUUAGCUCAUGAUUCUGUUGGGCUGUUUCUUUUCAUGGAAAAAUAAGCAUUCACCGUGUAGGCACUUUAAUAUGAUCCUAAGUUUUAUUUUGUCUUUGCAGAUGAUAUCUGGAGAUAACAGCAAAUGUAUUUAACUUGUUUAACAGCCUAUCACUGUAAGCAACCACCUUUGUAUUUGAGAGGGCUUUAAAACCCAGUGGAUUCUGUAGUCUGUAGACUAUCAAGGCAUUUAAUUUUAUGUUGUAAUUCUGUGAAUGAAAAUAAAAACCAAAAAGGGA